AUGAAACCGCCGAGAGGCAACAAUCCCGCCAGUAAAGCUGGCAAACAGGUGCCCCCUACGCCAAAGACAGUUGUCCCGGCACGAGCUGGCACUCCAGCAUCCCAGGGCCCAUCUGGUACCCCAACGAACGCUGUACCGCCUGUUGCACUACGGGGCCGAAAAGUGGUGGAGAGCCGCCAGCAGUUUAACCAGCGCAAGAUGGACGCUGGCUCGCCACCCUUAACGGGCCCUGUGAAAUUUGAACAGUAUCUCCCUAACGCAAAACCGAAGUCAGCCAUCAAGUCAAAAGCCACCAAUCCUGUGGGUGAAAUGGAUUUCGACCAGUGUAACGAUAACAGCCCUGCAUAUCGUACUGCAGCAGUGAGCCCGGAUCGGCCGCCUGGCAAGAAUCCAUCUUUUCUCCGUGGAAGAGGACAGCCGGCUGCGCGAACACCUGAAGAAGGAGAAGUGUGUGGCAAGGACUUGAAGGCGCCGAACUUUUCGCCGCACGCCACCAGCACACCGCGAAAGAACCUACGUCCCCCCAACGCACCGUCUCGCUUCCUGAAGGUCCCCGGCCCUAGUAAAGACGUCAUGGACAAAAUUGGGAAGCUUCCCGAAGCUCCACGCGGGACAAUCAGCAACGGAACACCGCAUCCCACCAAGCAGCUUGGUCACGUGGUGCUAAAGAACCCAAUGGGUCAGAGGAUAAUGCCGCGACCCAGACCGACCACGUUAACACUGGGACCGGACCCUCACAAACCUCGUAAAAAACCUCCAAACAAACCUCCCAGCAAGCCCGGAGUACCGGAACCACCGCCACCCAAAUGGGUUUGA